AAAAAAAAAAAACUGCAGGAGGCGGAUAUUUUACGUAGAGAUGGGGCCGUAUAUCCGCGUGAAGAGAAGGAACCAGACCGUGUUCCUGGACGUGCAGCUGACCGACUCGUUCCUCAGUGUGAAGGAGAAGCUGGGCUCCAUCUUCCAUCUGCCACCCACGAGUAUCCAGCUCUGGCAGGGACUUAACCAGAAAGAGGGCAAGGAAUUUGCAGACGCCGCAACGCUGGCGGACCACGAGCUACAGAAUGAUGCGGUGAUCUACAUGUGCUGGAAGAAAGAGAACUCUGACCAGUGGGAGGAAUUGAGUGUUACCAAGGUUGAAGCGAUAGAUGCUGGAGAUGUCUCGGCUGGUGGAUCUGCAGGAAGCGGGGCGAAGGCCGAGUAAAACUGGGCUGUUGAGAUUUUUUUCAUUUCAAGUUUCGAAGAAAUGAGCUUCUUCAGCAGCAAAGUAUUUUUCAGCAGGAACUCACAGAUCAAGUGGACAAUUAGUAGGGUACCUCGACAAAUGCAUUCUAAUAACACUACUGAAGUGGAGUAUAUUAUGGAUGCAGUGUCAUGUUGGCGUGAGUGUCAGAGCAGGGAGAGCAGGGGUUACUUACGUACUGUGGGCAAUUGGUCUCAUUAUGGUGAAAUCUCGCAACAUACAAGAUCCAGCAGAGGGACUGAUUCAUGGCAACCGUUAAUAAAACAGAUAAGUCUAGUUGUAUUACUUGAUAACUCAAGACCAUUCUGCUAAAUUUCGUCAACUAUUCCUUAAAGCAGGAGACUCAAAUUGAAUUUGCCAUCCUCACUUCGAACCCCCCAAGUUCCUUAUUCCACGCUCGAAAACUUGUUCAUCCCUUGUGUUUGGCGAUUGCUGCCGUUGUUCGAAACCUUAGCGAUCCGGGAUCCGAACUGGAUAGCCCGCUUCGCUAGUCCAGCGCAACUUCUAAGUCCAAGAGUCCUAGCUACAAGACGCAAUGCGCGUUUGUCCCCAACACCACGAGGCAGUUCAGCAUCACAGAGACUGGAGACUGGAAAUGUGGCAAUAGUCGACACCACGUGCUCGUCAAGGAAUGGGAAGCGAGCUUCUCGUCCGUGUGCAGCAAUACAGCGAUCGUCACGUCCAAGAUUACGCUUCCAGAUCCGACCCAGAUCCAUUUGAAGUUCAGCUCGCAGCGCUGCUUCUCCUCCAUUGAUCAGCGUUGUGCGGUGACGUCCGUAGCCUGCGAGUUGCUCGUCUGCGCCAAUACCCACCAGCACCACUCUCGUGCUAGUCUGAUACUCGUACGAUGACGUAGAUUUACCAUUAACUGCCGAAGUUGGAGCCGAAUUGGAGAGCUGGUUCACUUGAUCCUGCUUGAUGCGAUGCACCCGACAGCAGCGAUUUUGCAGCGCAAUAGUACCAACUAUCGGGUCUUUUUCUUCACGCUUGGUCUCUAGUAGAUUCAAUAGAAGAUCAAUAUGAGCUUCGGACUGAAAGCCCAUGGACACCAACUUGGCACGACAACCCUGGGCUUCUCUCUGGUCAACACCCUCGCCAAUGUCACGAGGGAUUAUUUUAUCCACAGCUCGUUGUAUCUUGAAGCAGCAGCUCUUACAUACACCAAGUACACAUCCACUCUUCCGCUUACGACCGCAGCGGUAUACUGGGCACAGGGUGUCGUUGGUAGUCUGAUCAAACAGUCCAAGAGCUGCAACCUCCGUCUCUAACUCACGAAGAUCAGCUCUCUGAGGAUUCAAAAACGCAUUCAGUUCUUCUAACGUCGCGUUAUCUGUGGUUUUAGAUUUUUUCAACUCUCCCUGACCACGUGAAAGAAACCAAAACGCUGCGCCGAUGUUGAAAUCCAUGUGAGUAUCACAAGGCGCCAUGAGCGCCAGCACCUCGUGUUGCGUACUCGAGAG